GGCCUGUCCCACCGCACCACGGGCUCCACCUGCCUCCUGCCGCUCAGCGAGCUGCUGCGCAUCCCGCUGGACCAGGUUAACUUCGUGGCAUGCCAGCUCUUUGCCUUGUUUGCUGCUUUCUGGUUUCGCAUCUACUUACAUCCUGGGAAAACAAGUUCUGAGGUCCGGCAUGCAUUUGCCACCAUUUUGGGCAUUUAUUUUGUCAUUUUUUGCUUUGGCUGGUAUUCCAUACAUCUUUUUGUGCUGGUGUUAAUGUGUUACGGAAUUCUGGUCACCGCAAGUGUAUCCAAUAUUCACAGAUACACCUUUUUUGUAGCCAUGGGAUACCUUACAAUAUGCCACAUCAGCCGAAUAUACAUCUUCCACUAUGGAAUUCUCACUACAGAUUUUUCUGGGCCUCUGAUGAUUGUCACCCAGAAGAUCACCACCUUGGCCUUCCAAGUUCAUGAUGGACUAGGUCGAAAGGCUGAAGACCUCUCUGGUGAGCAGCACCAACUUGCUGUGAAAGUGAAGCCUUCUUUUUUGGAAUAUUUAAGCUACCUUCUCAAUUUCAUGAGCGUCAUUGCUGGUCCUUGUAACAACUUCAAGGACUACGUGGCCUUCAUCGAAGGGAGACACAUACACAUGAAGUUGCUGGGCGUGAACUGGAAACACAAAGGUUUCCACAGCUUGCCGGAGCCUUCUCCAAAUAGAGCUGUGAUACAGAAGUUGUGCGUCACCUCGCUGUCUCUCCUUUUGUUUUUGACACUCACAAAGACAUUCCCCAUCACCUGCCUCGCCGAUGACUGGUUUGUCCAUAAAGCAGACUUUCUGACUCGGCUCUUGUACUUGUAUGUGGUCAUGCAAGCCACAAAGCCCAAGUAUUAUUUCGCAUGGACGUUAGCUGAUGCAGUCAAUAAUGCAGCUGGUUUCGGGUUCAGCGGAGUGGAUAAAAGUGGGAAUUUCUGUUGGGAUCUGCUUUCUAACCUAAACAUCUGGAAAAUUGAGACUGCCACAAGUCUCAAGAUAUACUUAGAAAACUGGAAUAUUCAGACAGCAGCUUGGCUAAAAUGUGUUUGCUAUGAGCGGGUUCCAUGGUACCCUACGGUGCUAACCUUCAUCCUGUCUGCUCUGUGGCAUGGUGUCUACCCUGGGUACUAUUUUACCUUCUUAACUGGAGUCCUUGUCACAUUAGCAGCAAGAGCGGUGAGGAACAACUGCAGACAGUACUUCCAUUCUUCCAAAGCUCUCAAGGCUGUUUAUGACCUGGUGACCUGGGCUACCACGCAGCUGGCCGUCUCUUACAUAGCAGCACCUUUCGUGAUGUUGGCAGUUGAACCAACCAUCAGUUUAUACAAGUCCAUGUACUUUUACCUACAUAUCCUAAGUCUCCUGGUCAUACUUUUUCUGCCAAUCAAACCACAAGCCUAUGCAUCAAGGCAGCCUCGGACUCUGAAUUCUGUUCAUAAGAAGAAAAUAGAUUGAUACCUCGGAGAUGAGCUGAAUGAGUGAAAUUGCAAAACAUUGGAAAGAGGAGAUGAAAAAGCUCAAGGGUUCUCUAGUUCUUUAGAGGCGAUGUUUACACACAUCUUUUCUUUUUGAAUUGCAGGGAGUAUUUUUAUAAAGCCUUUAUGCAUAGUUAAAUCAGCCUUGUCAGCUUCAUUGUCUUAAUAUUUUAUAGGACUUCUCAGUGGUGUGGAGAUUGGAAGAAUGUACCAGAGCUUCAGACACAGUCCAUUUGGGGCCACUGGGUCUCUGUUUUUCUGGCAUGAUUUCUAGCUACUGACAUCUGGAUGCUGGGAAUCCAGGCGUUGACUCCAAACUUAGAGUUAGAAGAGUUAGAAGGUGAUUGCUUAGGAAAAUUUAUCAUGGCUUUCUUCGAUUAGAAUAUCCCCACACAUGGUUGUUCCUCAGAAAGGUCCAAACUCUUUACAUGAUAUGUGACAUUAUGGACAAAAUAACCACACUCAGAAGACCCCAGAGGAGGAGACGGAUCACGGAGGGAGGUUUUCAGGGUACGGAAAGCUCUGUGAGCUAGGAAGACUAACCUGAACACUUGAAUGGACUGGUGUGCCUGCAGCUAGGCUGCACUUUUUUUUUUUUUUGAAGGAAUGUGACCCUUUUUCUUCUGAACUGAGCCAAGAUGAAAAUGAGAAAGGCUCCCAUCGGUGUAUGAGGGAGCCUCCCGUUUCCAUUUCCUGUGCACCUGCUUCCAUUGCCUCGCGCAGAAAUGGCCUGAGAAGACGCCCAGAUAUUCCCACCGUCAAAGGCAGAAGAAUGCCUUUCACAGAAACAAAAAGUGAAAGUUAGGUAGAAGUUUGGUGAGAAGCAGCAGAUGUUCCUCUUUUCUCCCUCCAUUUCAUGCGGGUGUUAAUGAUCAUGGCCAUGAUGUGUACACGGGCUGAUUUUCAUUUCCCCAGUUUCGUAACCGAUUAAACCCAGCUUGGCUUUGUUUUUGCUGCAUCAUCAUAUUGGAAACAGAAACAGAAAGUUUUCUGUCUUUGUUAUGAACGUACUGUGGCUCCUUUGAGCAGCUUCUAUUGGGGGAAUAGUCUGUGUGGAAGAAGGAAAUAUAUUAAACGUGGAAAAUAAUAAUGAUAAUAUUGAAUAUAUGCUGCAGUGAUGUGCCUUCAAUCAAACAACUUGGGAGGAGAAAAUUUGUUCAGAGCAGAUGGUAAAAUGUUUUUCACUGAAUAAAUGGUAUGUUUCUAUAUAAAA